AAACGUCAACAAUUUUCAUAUUAUAUUGAUACCUUCGGCUUGCCAGAAGGUGAGGGAGCGAGAAUGAUGCGAGAGUGGACACAAUUCCGCGUGAACAGUAUGGUGUUACUGUUCAUCUAUUUAUAGGCACGGGGCGCAGCUCGGAUAAAAAUACAUUUAUGUCGCUUGAAACUAUGUAUAAUCUUAACAUAAAUUAUUGGGGACUGUAUGGUCUUUAGCUUCUUUCAGUUAUUAUCAUACUUGAGCUUCGUCGACAUGUCCAGCCGAAGACCCUUGGCUUCCCGCUUCAUCGCCCAUUCUUUAUUUCCCUUCGUUUUGUCAUGAUGGGGUCUUCAUCCCAAAGCCGAAGCUUCCUGUAACUAUUCAUAAUCAUGCUGAAAACAUGUGGUUAGUCACUUUUUUGAGGACCUUCGCAAGAGGAAAGCCCCCAACACACGGUCUGCUGAGCAUGACCUGACUUCACCCCAACAGUGCAUUGACUCUGUGCCAUAGUGACUAGUGAGUCCCUUGUUGUUUGCUAAAAAUGGCUGGAAUUAUAGUAAUCGAUCGUGUUUGUGAUCUCUCAUGUGGUGGUGGCAUAUGUGUUUCGAGUGUGGCUAUGUCCCUGUUUGAACCCAUAAUUUGGUGUGACGGCUAUAUGCAUAUUGUCAUGCAGAGGCUGAAACAAUCAAGUUAUUCCCUUUUCUAAAAAGAUUAAACCUAAAUAUCUAACACUCAAUCCCCUCACUCCCGUACACUUGAGGCUAUCUCCAGCGGUCUCCAUGUCUCAUCUCUUACCACACUCUCAAUUCAAAACUUCACUCAAUAAAUAAUAUAUUCUACACUAUAAAUCAAUAUUUUACAUGUCUAUAUAAAUGAUCUGCUGAGCAUGACCUAACCGGAGAAAGAAGACACGGCCAAUAAUUCACCCCAACGGUGCAUUGACUCUGUGCCAUAGUGACUCGUGAGUUCCUAGCUUGUUGGCUCGUCGCUUUCCACGCAUACUGUAUAAAGAUUUUUGAGAUGCCGUGGUUGAUGCAUGGUUUAAAUUAGCUAACGCGUUGACUGACUUCCUGAGUUCAUGGUUGAAAGCAGCAGACGGUGACAGACUUGACAUGUCACGUUUCUUUCCAUUCUUUCCUUUCCCAGCCACAACCGUUGUCCUGGGAAAAAAAAUGCACGUCGAUUGGCGGUAGCCUGCCUAACCAUGGCGGCGGGCGUCCUGUUCAUCAUCCUUGGCUUCCUCCUGGUGCUGCCGUCAGCAACGGCAAUAGGGCAGGUCUGCGGCAACGCCGGCAACUACACGGCCAACAGCACCUACCAGUCCAACCUGGCCUCUCUCGCCGCCGCGCUCCCAGCCAACACCUCUACCUCUCCCCAACUGUUCGCCACCGCCACCGCCGGCCAAUCCCCCGACGCGGUCUACGCGCUCGCGCUCUGCCGCGGCGACACCGCCAGCAGCAGCAACCUCACCGGGUGCGCCGCCUGCGUCAAGAACUCGUUCGCCUACGCGCAGAGGACGUGCCCCCACGCCAAGGCCGCCAGCGUGUACGACGACGACUGCCUCCUCGGCUUCUCCAGCAGCGACAUCCUCAUCCCCGCCAACAACAUGAGCACGCUGUUCCAGUACUGGAACCCGGCGAGCAUCCCCGGCGGCGACGCCUCCAUGGUGAGCGCCGACGUGAAGGACCUGCUGACGCAGACCGCUAGGGCGGCGGCCAGCAGCCCGCGGAGGUUCGCCACCGCCUUCAUGGACGCAUCCGGCAGCUCCAUCCCGACGCUCUACUCGCUGGCCCAGUGCACGCCCGACCUGUCCGCUGGCGACUGCCUGGCCUGCCUCCAGCGGCUCGUCAGCCUGCUCAACGCCACCACGUCCGUGCGCCUGGGCGGGCGGGUCCUCGUGCUGCGCUGCAACUUCAGGUUCGAGAACAUGAUGUUCUACGACGGCGCGCCCACGACGCGCGUCACCACGCCCUCGUCGUCAGGGCCCCCGGCGCCACCGUUUCCGGCGCCGACGACGACGGAUAAGAGAGCUGCUGGGACGAAGCCCUGGGUAGUUGCCGUGUCUGUACUCUGUAGCACCUCCUCUAGCGGUAGUAGCAGCACUCUGCUUCGUCUUGUACUGCCGCUGGCGAAGCAGAAGGUACACAAAAGGCCUAGAUUACUACGAAAGCCUACUUAUAACAGCUCGCGAGGGGGAGACGAAGUAGACUGGGAAAUGGAGGCGCACCUCUCCGAGUUUUGGGUCUUUGACUUGCAUCAGAUAUUGGAGGCCACAGACAACUUCUCCGAAGAAAAUAAGCUUGGCGAAGGUGGGUUUGGCCCCGUCUACAAGGGCCAGUUGCCCGAGGGGGUUGAGAUAGCUGUCAAAAGACUCGCUUCACAUUCAGGACAAGGUUUCGUAGAGUUCAAAAACGAGGUGCAGCUCAUAGCAAAGCUCCAGCACAGGAAUCUGGUCCGGCACCUGGGAUGUUGCUCGCAGGAGGAGGAGAAGAUUCUGGUCUACGAAUACUUGCCAAACAAAAGCCUGGACUUGUUUAUCUUUGCAGACGAAGACAGAAGAUCGUUGCUGGACUGGAACAACCGUCUGGCGAUAAUCGAAGGAACGGCAGAGGGGCUUCUCUACCUACACAAGCACUCCCGGCUGCGUGUCAUACACCGAGAUCUUAAACCGAGCAACAUCCUCUUGGACAGCGAGAUGAACCCUAAGAUCUCGGACUUCGGGCUAGCAAAGAUAUUCAGCUCCAACGACGUCAGCAGCGAAGGAGGCACCACUACACGGAGAGUGGUCGGUACAUACGGCUAUAUGGCUCCCGAGUAUGCCUCCGAGGGCCUCUUCUCUGUCAAAUCCGACGUGUUCAGCUUCGGCGUCCUCGUUCUUGAGAUCAUCAGUGGGAAAAGGAAUUCCGGCAUCCAUGAGUGCGGAGAUUUCAUCAAUAUCCUUGGAUAUACAUGGCAGCUCUACGAAGAGGGAAGGUGGAGGGAGCUAGUUGAUGCUUCGUUGCUAUCCAUGCAGCACCACUCAGAUGAAAUAAUGAUGGUGAUAAUGAGGUGCAUGAACAUCGGAUUGCUUUGCGUGCAGGAGAAUGCGGCUGAUCGACCAACCAUGUUGGAUGUUGUUGCCAUGCUGAGUACCAAGACUAAGGUCCUGGAUAAGCCGAACCACCCGGCGUAUUUCAAUGUGCGGGUAGGGAACGAAGAGGCGUCCACUACUGCUACUACUAUGUCGUGCAGUGUGUCGAUGAGAUAAUAUAAUGUAUCCAUAUAUAGUUUGUGUUUUCAAGGCUGCCAUAUCAAUAUUUAUUUAUCUACAUAAUAUAAUGUAUCCAUACUUUCAUCCUAUCUCUCUCAUAUAUUUUUUUAUUAAAUUGCAUGUCAUGUCAUCC